AUGAGCCAUUUGCAGAACUUACUGUUAGAUUCCCUCCUGGGCACGAAGCACGUGGACAGCGCAGCCCUCAUCCGAUUCCAGGAGCGGAGCCUGAGUGUGGCAACCCCAGGGUUUAGUGUAAUGCCCAGUGAUGUCCGAACACUGGUGAAUGGAUUCGCCAAGAACUCUUUGCAAGCCAGAAGAGAAGGGCUGUAUUUUAAGGAAAAGGACUACAAAUGUGUCCGGGCAGAUGACUAUUCUCUUUAUGCUAAGAAUGAAAACACUGGUGUGGUUGUUGUGAAGACCAAUCUGUAUCUUCUGGUGGCAACUUACACUGAAGGCAUGUAUCCUAGCGUCUGUGUGGAAGCCACAGAGAAGCUGGGAGAAUAUCUAAGAAGAAAAGGAAACUAA